ACAAAAAGCAGAAGAGAAAGAAUAUUAAAGAAAGAAAGCAGAGCUCCUACGGUUCCAUAUGCUGCGAGUAGUUUCCAAGAUGGCGUAAUAUAAGAAGCAGACUCUGCUGCAAGGAACCUUUUGGAUACUAAAACGUACUCACAGCUAGCCAAAGAAAAUGACAAAAAAUAAUCUAUCAGAGCUCAACAGAAGCAUAAUAAGCAGGAGAACUUCAGCAGCAGCAGCUUUAUCAAGCCAGCAGUCUCCAAGAACGAAGAGCCCUGCUCCUUUCUUAUCAAAAACCUACGAUUUGUUGGAAGAAAAUGAGCAAGAAUCUUCACCAAAAGGAGCCCAUGAUGACGGCAAGAAAAUUGUUUCAUGGAAUCCACAAGGAAAUGGGUUCAUAGUCUGGUCGCCGGCAGAAUUCUCGGAGCUUACCUUGCCUAGAUAUUUCAAACACAACAACUUCUCUAGCUUCAUUCGCCAGCUUAAUACCUAUGGAUUCAAGAAAACAUCCUCCAAGCAAUGGGAGUUCAAGCAUGAAAAAUUCCUGAAAGGUAGCAGGGACAUGCUAGUGGAGAUCGGUCGGAAGAAAUGCGAACCCAGUAUUUUUCCAGCAUAUCUAAAGGCUGCAAAUGAAGAUAAUGCAGCAACUUCUGCAGAGGAAAAUGAUAAUCUUUUGGCACUUUUAGAGGAGAAUAAUAAUCUUAAAAGAGAGAAUUUGGAACUGCAAAUGCAGUUAGCUGAAUUCAAAGCACUAGAAAUCAAGCUGCUGGAUUGCGUUGCUCAAUACAUGGGAAGCCAUCACAACAAAAUAAAGAGGCUAUAUUAGAGGGCUUGGAAAAGUUCCACAAAAACAAAAAUUGUUAAGUGACAGCCAUAGCUUUUAUGUCUUCCUCAGCAAAAAUGCUUUCUGUUUCUCAUUCCAUCAAAAAAGAAAAAUAAUAAUAAAAAAGAGUUUACACCUCUAUCA